UUGUGUUAUAGUUUAAUAAACAGUGUUUACCUCAGCUCGUUUUUUUGCGCUCGGCAUUUGUAAAUCGCUUUUGUGAAAGUAAAACCAGCGAAACAAACACAAAAAGAUGGCGGAUGACACAAACGAGGAGAGCUGGCUUUACGGCACCUCGAAUCCCGACUCCACCACCAAUGAGAUAUCCAAUGGCAGCGACGCCUUGGCUGCGGAGCACGAGGCGCUCGCUGCGGUGACCGGCGAAAAAGCGGGAGCUGCUGGAUCGCUGUUGCCUGUGUUUCCCAAGGAGGAGAUGAUGGAGUAUGCUGAGUUUGAGGAUCCCGCCAAGGAAAUGGAGGAGGACGAAGAAGCACUGCCCGACACAACAGACAAAGGCAACAAAGUGUUAAACAUAGAUCCGGGACUGGGAGAUUUGGAUGAGUUGGAGAGGCACGACCACGAUAUGGAUGAUCACGAUUCGCAUAUGAGCGAUCUGGCGCUAUCGGCACCCGGCACAACGACGCGCAAAGAGCGCAACGGCUCUGGUAGCGAUGAUGAUGACGACGACGAUUCCGAUGAUGACAUCAACGUGGUCAUUGGCGACAUCAAGUCAGCACCCAGCACUUAUAAUAUCAAACAGCGUCCCAACCUGCUAGCGGGUGCCACAGCGGGCGACAAGGCAAAACCCACAGCGCAAGCGGGCAAAUUCAGCAUCGAAGAUUUCGAGGGAGCUGGCACCAUCAACGGAGUCGCUGUGCACGAGUUCAGCAUCGAUUCCCUGGAGGAGAAACCGUGGCGCAAGCCCGGUGCUGAUAUUACGGACUAUUUCAACUAUGGAUUCAACGAAGAAACGUGGCGCGCCUAUUGCGAGCGACAAAAACGUUUCCGCGUGGCGGAAAGUGGCGUUGGACUCGCCAGUUUGACACAGAAUGUGAAUCAAGGCGCUGGCAUGGGUCUCGCUGAUGGCGCCGGCGGAGGAGGAGGAGCAGCUGGAGGAGGCAGUCAGAUUGGCGGUGUCAUAGGCAUGGGUGGCGGUCCAAUGCACCAUCAUCAGCAGCCGCUGGUUAUGCUCAAUGAUGGCGGCGGUGCCUCUAUGCAAAUGCCACCGCCCGGUAUGCCGCCCAUGCUGCAACAUCAGCCCAGGCCGGGCAUGGGCAUGAUGGCGCGUCCACCGCGUCCCAUUUCCACCACGGGCGGCGUCAAGGAGAAUGCCAUCCAGGUGAUGACGGCCGAGUGUCGGGAGUAUUCGCGCGGUGGUCUGGGACCCAUGGCACCCAAUUUUCCGCCACCAGGUGCGGCGGAUGAACCCUUCUUCCAUGAGCCGGAGCCUUUUGAUUAUGGUUAUGAGCCCACGCAGGAAUCGCAAUGGGGCAACGAUAAUGCUGGCUGGGUGCCUACGGGCAUCAAAGAGCUGACGCCGGGUCCCGCUCAUCAUCAGCAGCAGCAACAACAGCAGCCGCCCAAUCAGCAGAUGGGCGGACCUCCGGGAAUGCCGCCUCAGAUGAAUGUGCCGCCUCCUCAGAUGGGCGGACCGCCGCCUCAGCUGCGUGGCCACAAUGCGCCGCCAGGAAUGAUGCCACCUAAUAUGCGCAUGCCACACAACAUGGCCAUGGGUCCACCACCAGGCAUGAUGCGCAUGCCGCACAAUAUGAACAUGGGACCACAGCAGCGCAUGCCCAUGAGUGGUAACAAUAGCAAUAUGUCUUCAGCUUCCUCCUCGGAUCGCAGAUCGGAUAGCUACGAUGAUGAGCGUGAGCGACGGCGUCGCGACAAGGACAAACAGCUGAAGAAGGAGCAGUUGCGCAAAGACUUUCUGGACAUGCUGCGGGAGCGGCACGACAUUGAACGCCACACACGUUGGUAUGACAUUAAGAAGAAAUUCGAAUCGGAUUCGCGUUAUCGUGCUCUAGACUCGGCCUAUCGCGAGGAGUACUUUGAGGAUUAUCUGCACAUGCUGAAGGAGGAGAAGAGGAAGGAGCGUGAUCACAAGGAACGCGAUCGCGAUCGCAGCAAUCGUGACAAGGAGUCGCGGUCACGAGACAAGGACAAAGACAAAGACAAGGAGAAGGACAAAGAUAAGGACAAGGACAAAGACAAAGAUAAGGACAAGGAGAAGGACAAAGAGAAGGAGAGCAGUUCAAGGCGUGACGCACGCUCCCGUUCCCGCGACAAGUCGAGUCGUCGGAAAUCCAAGUCUCGGGAAAAGGAUCGCAGCGAGCGAAGCAGCAAACAGAGCAGCUCAUCGGCAUCUGGUUCAUCGUCUAGUCGCAGCGACAAGAAGAAAUCCCAUCGCAAGGACAAAGAGGAAGAUGAAUAACAGUUAUUUAGGUACUACAUGGAAGACGAGCAGACCGUUCCUUGAGCUAGCCACACACACA